AUGAACUACAAUGACUAUGAUUCUUAUGGCUCGAAUAGCCAAUCCAUUGGCCAACACUAUGGCCAAUAUAAUUUUAUCCAUCAAGGUGGGCCUAACAACCAAUAUGGCUCAAGUAGUCAAUUUGGUGGCCAAUAUGAUGGGCACAACUAUGUUGGAGGAUUUGGUGACCAAUAUGGUGGGCACAACUAUAUUGGCGGAAAUGAUCCUAUGAACCAAAAUGGUUUGAUUGAUCAAAAUGGAUUUGGUGGCCAAACCAAUCAAGGUGGCUAUAGCGGCCAGUACGAUUCUACAUAUCAAUAUGGCUUUGGUAUCCAGUUCAAUUGCCAACAUGACGGAAACAAAAAUUAUAGCCAAAAUAAUAUGAUAUAUCAAAAUUAUGCGAAUGGCCAAUACAAUCAACUGGCUCGAGGGCAAUACACUUACCGAGAUGCCCAAAAUAAUCCGGCCAAUAUCUAUGAUCAACCUAGUUAUGGCUCCCACCAAACGAAUCAUUCUAAUGGCUAUAAUGGCCAAAAUAUUCUUAGUGUAAGUGAGAGGCCAUAUGUUGACCGCAUGAACAAAGAACAUCAAAAUUUCAUAAAGGAAAUAUUUGAAGUAAAAGAAAUGGUGGAUGAGUUUUAUGCUUCCAACGAACAUUUGAUCCAAGGUUUGCGUGAAAUCGCCUUGCAACUUGCGGUCGAAGAGCAAGUUCUUAUCCAACAAGCCGAGAGGCAAACUCUCAACCCCAACCUUGAUUCUCAGUCACAAGAGGAAAAUUCUUAUGUGGUUGCAAGUCGGCCACCCAUUCCACCUACUCCUCUAGAAGAAAGUGGGGUUAGUAGGGAAUAUGAGAAUAAGAAAGAGAUGGGCAAGACGACCUUAGGAUCAAAUGUUCAAGUUGACCGUCCUAUUGAGAGCCUAACAUUGGUUGAGGAAAAGGAGUCCACUCAGGGGGAUGAAACCCAAAAGAUGGUCACCGAUGAAAAUUGCAAUAUGGUCCAACCCAAGGCCACUAUCCUAGGAUGUAAUAGCUUACCACCUAGUGAAGAAAGAGGUCAAAGCACGACCCAAGGUGAUAUCAUAAUACACAUGAUUGUAGGAGAAAAACUUGACAUUGCGAGACCACAAUUGCAAGUGGUCAAAUUUAUUGAGCCCCAGCCAAAGGCCAAGAUUGGCUGA